AUGGGCCCCUUGGUCAUUCAAUUCACAGACUACGAGAUUGAGACUGCUCCCGUACUCUGCCUGUUCCUCACCUUCUUGACGCGUCGGGUGGUCCUGGGCAACUACCCAUCGACCGACACGCUCAUUCGGCUCGUCCGCUUCGCCAAGAAGUGGGACUGUCCCCGCGUCAUCAAGAAAAUAAUCCGCGCUCUGCAAUCAGCUCUGGAAAAUGGCGCAAUGAACCUCAAGAGCAUCUGCAUUGUGGCAGCAGCCCUAGGCAACUUGCGGCCCUGCGAGGCCGUAGUCCUACAGGCCGCCACCCUCUCCAAGGCUAACCGUCCUUGGAAGACCUGGGAGUUGCCCAGCGAGUGGGAGCACCUAAUCCCGGAGGAGUACCAUGACGCACUUUGCUGGGGCACCGUGAAGGAGAGGUCUCAUACCGCUGAGAGGCGGUGUGUUGUCGACCUCUGGCCCCGCUUCCUCCGCCAGCUGUAUCAUCGCCAGCAGAGCCGUCCCUAUGUCACUCCCCAGGACGUGGCGGACGAGUUCCGUGCCAGAGUCAACAAAGUCAAGAUGGAGCAGCGUGUUGCGCGCCGACUCAUGCGGUGGGUGGAGGAGAGCCGUAACGCUGAGUAUGACAAUCCGGAGGUGCAGGUAGUCCUAGAGUAA